AAAACACUUUUACGUGUGCAGCGUUCAGUAUUUUGGCAAAGCUUUGAGUGGGAGGUCAGUGGGGGUGUUGAAGAGGCGGAGGGAUACAAACACACACACACCGCCUCACAGGGCAUAAGCACCGGCGUCGCUUGGAUUUGGUUUCCGGGCAACUCUGCUGCAACACCAGGAUACAGCCUGCACAGAUUACACACAUUUAAAUAAGGUUGGAGGCGAUUUAAGUACUAAAUUGCAGCAAUUAUCUCCUGCUUGAGGUGAAUACCCAACCUUUGGUCGGUUUGUCAUCUUUAGAAGAGCGUCAAAGAGUCUGCGGGACAAUGGCUGAUCAGCUGACUGAGGAGCAGAUUGCUGAGUUCAAGGAGGCGUUCUCGCUGUUUGACAAGGAUGGUGAUGGUACAAUCACUACCAAGGAGCUCGGGACUGUGAUGCGCUCUCUGGGCCAGAACCCCACUGAGGCUGAACUCCAGGACAUGAUCAAUGAGGUGGAUGCAGACGGUAACGGUACAAUUGAUUUUCCUGAGUUCCUCACCAUGAUGGCCAGGAAGAUGAAAGAUACAGACAGCGAGGAGGAGAUCAGAGAAGCCUUCAGAGUCUUUGACAAGGAUGGCAACGGCUACAUCAGCGCAGCAGAGCUACGGCAUGUCAUGACCAACUUGGGGGAGAAGCUUACUGAUGAGGAGGUUGACGAAAUGAUCCGUGAGGCUGACAUUGAUGGCGAUGGUCAGGUCAACUAUGAGGAGUUUGUCCAGAUGAUGACUGCCAAGUGAAGAGAACACUGAAAUUUCUCUCAACGUUGCUUGUCCUCCUAAGAUCACUGUCUUUAAGAACCAAAAAAAAGGAACAAUUAACGAAUGAUAGAAAAAUCCCCCCCCCCCCAAAAAAAAAAACUUAUGUGUAGAAUUUUGCAAUUUGCGCUUCAGUAUAUCCAACUACUUCGAAGGUAUCUGUUUAGCAAACAUCAACAGAAUAAUCCCUAGAGAAGUUAAUGGACCAAGCUUUAAGAGGGCCGCAGCCCCGUACUUCAGACCAAGAUUCUGCUGAGUCACCCAGCUCCUGAUUAAUUUAGAGGAAAGAGCAACACUGAAAAGCAGAGGGAUGGGAACCCAUGCCACAGUUCGUAUAGAGAAGUUGGCUAUUUAAUUCUUUCCAAUAUUCAGCAAAGAACAUUGACUCUCUUGCACCAGUGGUGAUUCUCUAAAUACCGAAUUGAGUACUCUUCUUGCAUGCACCCUUUCUGUGGCGGUCUCUUGUCACAACAAGGAGACUCUGAUCCCAUCAGAGGUAGUGGUCAGAUUGUGUACACACUGGAGGUAUAUACAUAUCUAUAUAGCUAUAUAUCUGUAAAAUUUGUGUCACUAUUGAUUAUUGCAAGAGCAAAUAGUUGCAACGUAGGGUGUUCAUUGGUGCUCGGUCGGAGAUGAGCAUUCUUAUACCUUGAAGAGUUUGGACAAGAACGAGAGACUGAAAAGUGCUGAUGGUUUUUUCCCCUCGGGGAUGUUAUAUUGUCUUGUUUUGAGUCGUGGGCUUUACAUUGCCUGCAGCACUGAUGGGAGACAGUAGUAUGUUGUAUUGCUUCAGGAUGAUUAUCGUGAAAACACUUUGAGGACUGCAGUUGAUAUCCUGAUGAUACAAUAUUGAUGUAAUGCUUUAUAAAUGUGUUCUCAAAUAUUAAUGUAAAGAUGACAAACUUUGGUCACCAAAUAUAUCUACAUAUAUUAGUGUGUCGUAAAGUUUGCAUUGCCUAUUGUUGUAGUAAAUGACCUGUGACGUUUUCUCUUCGGUUUUGAAAUGUGCCAUAAUACUCUAAAACGCCUCAACCUUCUUGCAAGACUCGUAGUUCAUUAGAAUAUAAUAAUAAUACUUAAUAUAAUAACAUAAAAAUACAUGCAGUUGAACAUAUUUGCACUUCAGUAUAAACUAUGUGGAUAUUAAAAAGGUUUUGUUUUAAAAGAAGAAAAAGAAACCAAAUGUCACUGUUGCUGCUGCUAUAACAACUCACACGUUACACUCAUUUCUUGUCCUUGUUGUCUGAUCUUCAGUUUGUAGUCCGGUGAUUUUUAAACUUCAAUCUGCUUGCCGUUUUACUGAACAGAAUACAUAAUACUGUAUAUUCACAAACACUACUUGUGGUAGGGGGGGUGACGUGUUUGAUUUUGGGCUAUUAGAAUGGGACUUUCAGAUCGGGAUGAAAUAGGGUUGUAGCAGAGAAUUCAGCUUUAGAUGCAAGAUUGGUUUCAGCGUUAGGUAUUUUCAACAGUUGGCUAAAUUUAAAGAAGCAGGUUAGCUGAGGUGUCUUAUGAUUUCCUUGAUGCACGAAACUUAAAUACCGCUCUGUUUGAGGCAUUUUAAUUGGUUCGCUUUGAUUCAUAUGUCGGGAAGUAAAUGAUGAAUGGACUGUUAACUCCUGAAGGUUUAAAAAAAAAAUGUAAAAAUGUGAUAUAUUUUCCAUAAAUCAAUAAAUUGACUGAGCUUUACUUCA